CAUUUCAUUUAUCUGCAACAUUUCUCUAAGUUCAUUUCAGUCACGAGUAUUCAAAAUGGAUCCAUCUGGGGAUAUGGAAAGGGAUGCUAGAGACUUUCAUCAAGUGUAUGAAAGAAGAAGCAGAAGAAACGGCAUUGGUUCAGGAAAUGUCGUCAGAGUCAGACAUUUCGAUCUAAACAUUCCACUAUGUGCCGAAUCUUCUAUUCCCUGCGAAUCUGGUUCUGGGAAUGUCGUUCGAGAUUUCGAUCUCAACAUUCCAUUGUGUUACGAAUCUUUCAUUACGAACACUAAUGAUGCAAGUGAAGUCGAAGAUGAUGGCCCUCUCUCUCCUGCUCUGCAAAUAAUCAAUGAAGCACCAGUAAUUCACCGCCGGAAGCGCAGCACUCUCAACCAGCAUCCACGCCGCAACCUUCGGCCGCUCAGCCCAUCGCGCAGUCCAUCACUGCCUUCAGCCAACCAAGAUCAGUCUCCAGCCUCCAUGAAUUGAAGGGUGAAAGAGGCAUCAUCAUUUGCCUGCAUGGAUCAGAAUGUGGAUCUGAAUGUUAAAUAGAGGAUUUAAAACAAUUUCUUGUAUAUGCUCAAUUUCUUGUAUCAUCCUUCUGCCUUUAAUUAGGCUUGCUUUUUAAGACAUUCAAUGGCGGUUGCGAUUUCUUUACAACCCAAUACAUUGUGUACUGAAAUUUAUGUGAAUCUAUGUAUUCAUACUAAAUGCAGUGAGGAUGCGAUGAAUGUUAAUCUAUA